AUGGAUUACUUUCCGCAAGGCCAAGACUUAAGUUAUUUUCCUGAGUUUCCUUUAGUCCAGCGCUUCCCUCUUGACUGGAAUUUCUCUGAGCUAAAAAUGAAGAAAACGCGCUCUGCAGAUAACAAUUAUGUUGAUUCUUUAUUACACAGUUCUCAUUGAAAUAGAUAUAUUUACUAUUUAGUCCAUAAGCCUUUAAAUUCAUUAAAAUGAACUAUAAAAUAUUAUAACAAUGAAUUAGAAGAAAUACAAAAACAAAUUCAUCCAAUCAAGCAAGAAGUAUUUAAGAACGCAUACGAAAGAUGAGAAAAAGAAAACAAAGCUGACGACGAAGAACUUAUGAAAAGAUAUGCAUUGAUUGAAAAAGAAAAUGAAAAAAUGAACGAAGGCGGGGAAAAAAAUAAUGACGAAGAUGGAGGAAAUAGCAAAUGCCGACUAAAUGUACACAUAAAAUGCUUGGAGCGGCAAAAGAAAAAAACGCUUGAUGAUCUGUAUAUAUUGUGCAGGACUUAUGAAAAAUGAGAAAAGGAAAAUAAGCCAAGCCACAAAGCAAUAAAAAGAAAAAGAACACAAACACAAAAAGCCAAUCACUGGAAAACUUUUACGCCAAUUGAAGAUUUAAGCUUGGAAUAUCGAAUUCGGCAACACAUACAUAAAGUUAACAUCACACAAGACAAACCUUUUAUCUUAAUUUUUAAUUUGAAAGGAAACACAAGAAAAUCAAAGUACAGCUUCUCGCGUCCUCAGUAUUACAAUUUACUAGCUCCUGAGGUCAUUUUAGAAGAUAGAGUGGCUAUCGAAAAUAGGUCACCUGAAGAGUGCUUAAAAAGGUAUCAAGAUUUAUUAUUUACAAAAAUAAAAAAUGAUGCUUUGCUGAAAGGCGAAAAAAUUUGUAUAUAUCAAGGAAAAGGUUUAGGAUUAGAAGAAGCUAAAAUUCGACUAAAAAGAGCAAAAUAUGAAAGGAAGCACGCAUUAGGAAAAAGGAAAAAGCAGAAAGAAUUUGAAUUAGCACAAGUCAGCAAGGAAACUUAUUGUACAUGCAACAAGCCUUAUUAUUAUUUACUUCCAAGAAAUCCUAAAUGGACUGAUGAAGAGUACGAAACAAAAAUCAAAGAAAAUGAAAUGAUUGAAUGCACACAUUGCCAAAAUUGAUUUCAUCUUGGAUGUGCUGGAUAUCAAGGAACUGUUGAAGAAGCUCAAAAAGAUGAUGCCUGGAUAUGCAAAGAUUGCUCACUCAAGAGAACAAAGCUAAGCUAG